UUGAAUUUCUUAUGGAGUCGUUCAGUCUUUGAAUUUCAACUUAAAACCAUACUAUAAAGACUCGUCGUUGAUUUUAAUUCCCGGGGUGAGAAAACAUGGCACGGGUAAUACCACUUAUGGUACUACUCUUGUCUAUGGUGGUUUUGUACAACUUGGCUACGACGAUUAGUCCUUUUGUCAAAGACGAGAACCAACUUUUCAUUGAUCCUGUGAUUGAGAUGUCGGGAAGAGCCAAAAGGCAGAAGAACGAAACGUCACGUUUCCAUGUCGCCCUAACGGCCUCAGAGACGCCUUACAGCAAAUGGCAGUGUCGUAUCAUGUACUACUGGUAUAAGAAGAAGAAGGACUUGCCAGGGUCCGAGAUGGGGAAGUUCACUCGGAUUCUUCACUCGGGGAGGCCCGACAACCUGAUGGAUGAGAUGCCGACGUUCGUGGUUGAUCCUCUUCCCACAGGUUUGGAUCGGGGCUAUGUGGUCUUGAAUAGACCAUGGGCUUUUGUGCAAUGGCUGGAGACUGCAACAAUUGAAGAAGAAUACAUAUUGAUGGUGGAACCCGAUCACAUUUUCUUACGUCCGCUCCCAAACUUGGUCUACGAACGAUACCCCGUUGCAUUCCCGUUCUCGUACAUCAAACCGAUCAAAAACGAGAAGAUCAUAAGGAAGUUUUUCCCGGAGGAGAUGGGUCCGGUGACAAACAUCGACCCCAUUGGCAACUCUCCGGUUAUAAUCAAGAAGGAUUUGCUGGAAAGAAUCGCGCCUACUUGGUUGAACGUCUCGUUGAACAUGAAACACGACCCGGAGACGGAUCGUACGUUUGGAUGGGUGCUAGAAAUGUAUGGGUAUGCCGUUGCCUCCGCUCUUCACGGCGUGCAGCAUAUUCUCAGGAAAGACUUUAUGUUGCAGCGUUUUAAACCUCUGCUUGAAGUUGAUAUGCUGAAGGUGAUCAGUAAUCCGAGCUGCUGUGUACUGAAUGCAGCCGCCGUGGGACUUGGAAACUGCAAAUAA